AUGCAUCCCAUCCAGCAGUACUUCUCAGGUCACCGCAAGCCCCUUCCCCGCGUCUUCUCCUGGGCAGCGCGGAAUCCCUCAAAGUCCAAGCUAGUCUAUCGCUUCGGCCAAUCGAAAGACUCUCUUGCUUCUGAUCCACCCUCCGCCAUGGCUGCUGUCGAUUCUUCCAUGAACCCUGUGGCGACUGCCAAUGGCACAGCUCACACCAAUGGCAAUGGCAUACUCCAUGACAGCCUAGCAGAGCCUCCGUCUAUUCCCUUCGAUUCGUCCAUUUUCCGUGGCUACCUCCUUGCUCUGCUUCCUCCUCUAGCGGGUGCUUCUCCGGACGAGCUCGAAACACUCUUCGAUGAUGACUUCAAUGAUCGCUUCUUGCGCUUCGCAGGUGAGGGUGGAGGUGUCAUAUACGUUGUAAAAAGGAAGGAAGAUGGAGAAGAGGAUGCGCCCCCGAUUUACACUUAUAAGCUCACUCCCCAGCUAACUUAUGAUUCCUCGCACGUCACGACUCUCGCUAUCAUCAAACGCGGUCCUACUCUCGAUCCCACCGCACCUCUUUCUACACAGCUGCAUCUUCUCAACCUCUUUGGAGGCGACGAGACUCCUUAUGAAAGUCUCCAUGCCGUAGUGAGCUGCGCAGUAAAGCCUUGGUUCGAAGCAUUUGUUGGUGCCCGUGGCGUAGGCAAGGAUGGGGACUCGAAGAUGGGCAUUCCCAUGACGAAGAAAAAAUUCGCCGAGCUCGAAUUAUCUUUACUCCACUUGCAGCAGAACGUCGAGAUACCGGAGACGCAUCUCAUCAUUCAUCCUGUCAUACAACGAACGGUCGAACAAGCACGAACGGCGGGCACGCGGCCAAGUAUUUCAGACAUCCCGGCUAAGUUGCUCAAUGACAGCAGCUUCCUUAAUACAUUACAUAGUCAUGUCAAUCAGUGGAUCAAGUCCAUCCAGACUGUCACUAAACUCUCGCGCGAUGUGUCUUCGGGUACCGCUUCGCAAGAGAUUAACUUUUGGCUCAGCCUGGAGAGAGCUCUGGAAGGAAUCGAAGCUCAACUCCGAAGUGAAGAAGUCAACAUGGUCAUGGACUGCCUCCGAAAUGCCAAGCGAUUUCACGCUACAGUCAGUUUCAUAGCUGAUACCGGAUUAAAGGAUGCCACAGACACUGUACAUAAGUACAAUCAGCUCAUGAAGGACUUUCCGCUGAACGAGCUGCUGUCCGCGACCGAUCUAGAUAAAAUCCAAGAGUCCUUGAUCUUGAUUUUUGGACAUAUUAAUCGCAAACUGAAAUUGUCGCCAUACCCUAUUCGACGUGCUCUCCCCCUUGUAGAAGCCAUCUCUCGCGACUUCAAUGACCAGCUUCUUCGCGUUCUAACCUCUCACCGAUUAUUAUAUACGCCGUAUGAAACUUUUGAACGCCUAUUAUCCCAAACCAUAGGCAUUUUUCGGACAUGGGAUGACAAUAUCAAGGAAUUUACGAACGUGGCUCGUGAAGUCACUCGUAGGAGAUCCGAAAAGUUUAUCCCGAUCAAAGUAGUUCCUGCUCAUGCCAAGCUUCAAGACCGUACAUCUUACCUCCGUGACUGGCGGAAGCAGCACGAACAGCUUGCCGUGAUGACAGGCCCAACGAAGGGUCUUGGUGGUGCCGGUGUGGAGAUCGGAGGGAUGGACAUGGAAGCGGAAGUCAAGGAAGCUUAUGAAGUAAUCAAGAGAAUUGAUGUUCUUGACGUCUCCAUUGAGGGUAGCGAGAUUUGGGUGGCGGCUGAGAACGCAUACAACGAACGUGUUGCAAGAGUCGAGAAUCAAAUCAUUGCUCGACUUCGAGAUCGGCUGGGGACCGCUCGUAAUGCGAAUGAGAUGUUCCGUGUCUUUUCGAAGUUCAAUGCGCUAUUUGUUAGGCCGAAGAUUCGAGGUGCCAUCCAAGAAUACCAGACGCAGCUUAUUGACUCAGUUAAGGAGGACAUCAAACGUUUGCACGACAAGUUCAAGACGCAGUAUCGGUUUUCCGAGGCGUAUCAUAUGUCCCAGAUGCGCGACCUUCCACCGAUAUCAGGGGCUAUCAUCUGGGCUCGUCAGAUCGACCGGCAACUGCAAACUUACAUGAAGCGUGUUGAGGAUGUCCUAGGCAAAGGUUGGGAAUUGUAUGCUGAAGGACAAAAGCUUCAAUCAGAAAGCACCGCAUUCCGAAAGAAAUUGGAUACGAGGCCGGUCUACGACGCAUGGCUGCACGAUAUCAAUCGGCGAGAUAUGGGCGUGAACGGUCGAUUAUUCGAGAUUGUCCGACUACGUGGCGGCGGCUUCCAGCUCGCGGUAAACUUUGACCCUCAGAUCAUCACACUUUUUAAGGAAGUUAGAAACCUACUGUGGCAGAACUUCCAGGUUCCGCACGCAAUUACGAACAUGGCUAAGGACGCCAAGCGAGUAUAUCCUCACGCGGUUAGCCUCAUGGAAACAGUACGGACGUACGGCCAAACACUCGACUUGGUAGAGAAGAACAAAGGUAUUGAGUGGCUUGUAGCGGAGUAUCGCAACGAAGCACAGCGCAUGAUUACUCGCGGUAUGAACAUUAGAUGGGACUAUUUUGUGAAUCAGUAUGAUACGACAAGAUACGUUUCUAGCGGUGACGCUCGUGACAACCGACAUAUACAGUUUGUAAGAGAAUUCGCCAGUAUUAUCUCAGUCUUGCAGGACAAGACGAAUAAUGUCAUUGAUUUGUACAAAGACAUAACCCGUGCCGUCGAGGAACUAUCAACAUGUCCUUACACUUCCGAUGCACUUUCAGAGCUUCUGAGUCGGAUACAAGCUGCGAUUGACCGACUGAACCUUGAGGGAUAUGCCAACCUAGAACACUGGGUAUCGGAACUUGACCAACGAAUAGAGGGCAUCUUGUUGCAGCGUUUAACGCACAUAAUUCAAGUAUGGUGCUCAGAAUUUGAUCGUACCGAUGACGCCGAUGGACGACGUGAACCACUGGUUUUGAGAGACAUCUCGAAUAAGCGACGUGGGGAUAAGAGGGUUAAGGAUGAGAAGUCGCUAGAGGGCGGAUUGAGUCUCCACACUAUAGUACACGAAAUCAGGAUACAAAAUCAAGUAAUUUUCCUCGACCCACCAAUAGAGUAUGCCCGGCAAACUUGGGUUCGGGAGUUGCACAAGUGGUUGGGCAUCGUGUGUCAGUUGCGGAGAAUUCAGAGCUCUCGGUAUGAGAUCGGUCUACAGAUGCAGAGCUCGACAGCAACUGAACUAACCUACACCUCGCUGCUCACUCGGUUCACGGAUUCAACCCUGGAACGACCGUUCGCUCUGAUUGAACACAAAGUCCAACAGCUGAAGGAUUACGUAGCCAAAUGGCUGCAAUUCCAGUCCCUCUGGGACCUUGAAACGGAAUAUGUCUUCAACCGACUUGGGGAUUCACUGGGCCACUGGCAGCAGCUACUCACUGAGAUCAAGAAAGCUCGGUCCACAUUCGACACUUCGGAAACACAGAAAUCGUUUGGCGUGUGCAUCAUUGACUACGAGCAGGUCCAGGCGAGAGUCAAUGCCAAGUACGAUGCCUGGCAAAGAGAUAUCCUUAGUCGUUUCGGAGUGAAGCUGGGUAACGCUAUGAAGGAGAUGCAUGCAACCAUUCUCAAAGCUAGAAAUGAACUCGAGCACCAGUCAAUAGAGGGUUUGGUCGGAGGUCCACGAAGGUUUUAG